UUCACGUCUGGCAACAUUGUUUGGCGCAAUAUUUUUUUUUUAUACAAGUUUUCAACUCGACAUUUUCACAUGGAAUCUGAGAAAGUGAACGAAGUCAUUGCGGAAAAGGCUGAACGUUUGACACGCCUGCCUUUGACGAGGGUCAAAGCGAUCAUGAAAAUGGACCCUGAGUUGUGCAUGGCCAGUCAAGAAGCCGUGUUCCUUGUAGCUAAAUCAACAGAAUUGUUUGUUUCUGCCUUGGCAAAAGAAGCCUAUAAGUUCACUCAACAAGGAAAGAAGAAAACUAUGCAGAAGAAAGACGUCGAGUCAUCUGUUGAAGCAGUUGACGCUUUUGCUUUUCUAGAAGGAACGCUAGAAUGAUGCUGCCUGACCUCGGCAAUGACGCCGUUUUAAUCAUCUGCAGUUGUACUAUAUUCUAAAUUUUAUCAAUAAAUGUUCAUUUUUUAGACUUU